UUGGGAAUCGAGACCAACGAAUACGCGCAAGAGCUCGCGUCCGCCGUCGUGUGGAUCGGCUAUCUUCAGUGGAAGUAUCGCAACGCUUUCGACCUGGAAAGCGAGACGCCGAUUCUCGAACCUCUUGAGAACAUCGCUCGCAUGGACGCCAUCGUUGGUGACGACGAGAAUGGCGCGUUGACGGAGCCCGAAUGGCCUACUGCGGAUGUCAUCGUGGGCCAUCCGCCGUUUCUGGGCGGUAAGCUGCUACGGCAAGAGUUGGGAGAUGACUACGUGGACGCUCUGUUCGGGGUGUGGGACGAGCGCGUCUCUCGCGAGGCUGAUCUGUGCUGCUACUGGUUUGAGAAGGCACGCGCGCAGGUUGAAUCGGGACGGGCAGAACGGGCGGGCCUCCUUGCGACCCAGGGGAUUCGAGGGGGGAGCAACCGCGUCGUGCUCGACCGCAUAGCGGAGUCAGGGCGGGAUAUUCUGGGCGCAGUCCGACCGCGUGUGGACGCUCGACGGAGCGGCGGUACAGGCGUCGAUGGUCGGGUUCGACGACGGGAAGGAAGAGACCCGCGAGUUGGACGGUGUCGAAGUUUCAAAGAUAUACACCAACCUGACCUCCGGCGAGACCGACGUGACCAAAGCGCGGAGGCUGAAGAGAAUCUCGGGAUUGCCUUCAUGGGAGAUACGAAGGGAGGCCCCUUCGAUAUUCCAGAAGGGCUGGCCAAGCAGCUUCUCGAUCACCCAAACCCUGACGGUCGCUCGAAUGCGGACGUGGUGCGUCCAUGGAUCAACGCUAAGCUGACCGUAAAGGAGCGGGCAAUGGUAACGGUGAACGUCCACGAAGCGAAGACCCACCUGUCGCGUCUGCUGGCGCAGGUCGAGGCGGGAGAGGAGGUCAUCAUCGCUCGAAACGGCAAGCCCGUCGCCCAGCUCGUGCGCUGCAAGAAGCGCGGCAAGCGGCAAUUCGGCUCGAUGAAGGGCCUGAUAAGCAUCGAUGCGCACCGGUCCGCUUCUUUUUUGAGCGCUGCUGUCGGAGAAGAGCUGCCGCUGUGGAGCGAGCAGUUGCCCCUAUCCGCCCGGCGGUUGAUAGAAGGUGACGACAACGACGUGCUGAUAAGCGCGAUAAGCGCGGCGUCGGCUUGGGAGAUCGCGACCAAGCACCGGAAAGGCAAACUGCCGGAAGCGGAGGCCCUGGCCCGCGAUAUUGCCGGCGCCAUAGCCGGCCAAGACUUCGAGGAGUUGGCCGUCACCGUAGACGACGCCGCGCGCGCCGGAGCGCUUCCCGGCCCGCUCCGUGAUCCCUUCGACCGAAUGCUCAUAGCGCAGGCUUUGUCGCGCAACCUCGUUCUCAUCUCGAACGAAUCCCUCUUCGACCGGUACGGCGUCCGCCGCUUGUGGUGA